AAUGCAACUAUAAUAGUGGUUACGUAAGCUAGAAUUACACCGAGGGGAUGGAAGUUUUUAAGUGUUUUCAAAAAAUGCAUAAUUGUUGUGGAUUCUAUAUCAAUAAUAUGAAACAAACGUAUUUUAUAGCCCUUUAUUGUUAACUGUAUAAAUCGUUAUGGUGUACAUUAAAAAUUCCCUACUAACUAGUGAGGUGGACAAUCUCCACUGAUUUUCAUAUUAAGAUACUUAUACUACGAGUAACAUACAUUCAUGUUGUACAUUUAUGCUGCAUCUCUUUCUUUAUAAAAACAAAUAUUAUUUAGUUUAUAUAUUACUUAAUUGCAAUGUUAGUAUUUCUUAUAAUAGUAUUAUUAAGCAAUUUUAUUUUAACUGAAUAAAUUGCAUUAGUCAUAAUCAUAAACAUUCGGAGAAUAUGGUUGAGAGGUUUUAUAGAUUUAAUUGGUCUGCGAGUCUUAUAAUUUAUUUAUUACUAUAUCAUCGAGUUCUUGAUUUGUACAUAUUUGAUUCCGCAUUUUCAUUUGUUUUUCUAGCUGGCGUAAGUGAAAUAGAAUUACUUUGAGGCGUCAAUGACUUAUCAAUGAGUAAUUGAUCAUUUUGUAUUUACCAGUUAGUUCCCACUAAGUUGGUUUUAAAUCAUUAAUAUUGUUUUUUUUUUUUUUUUUUUAUUAGCUAUUAGUAUAACACUUAUAGUUCAACAAUUAUAGUAAUAUAGUUUACAAUAGUAUCAUAUCUUAUAAUAUACCUGACAGUAUUUUGAUAGCAUAAUAUUUAACAGUUUAUAAGAGAUACUUAAUAGUGAGAUAAGAUGGGUAUAAUAUAGUAUUAUACGUAAAUAUAUAAAUAAAACAUCUAUAGAAUUGUUGGAUAGCAAAUAUUAUGAAGGUGAUUUUAUGGAAAGGUAGAGAUGGGGAGGGGAAAUUCAUUUAUGAUUGUUGUUGACGCGAUUAGUAAUGGGUUCAAGAUAGACUUAAUUUCUUCGUGAAAUUUUGUAAUGAAAUCUGUUGAUUGAUCGGAUGAAGGAACAUUAGCCGUUACCUUGGCGUAUGUACGAUUUCGUUUCGACUUGGAGUUGACAUUGCGUUGUGCCGCAGGUGGAACGACUGUUAAUUUGAUAGGAAGAUUUCUGCUUGUCUGUUUCCUAGGUUUAGAUAUGAUUUUUUUGUAAUGCGGGCAACCCUUAUACAAUGAAGUAUGAACAGACAGCGCACUUGGUGGGAACUGACGGUGAUUUCGUGCAAUCGCUGGAAACAUGGUUCUCACCGCAUUCGACGCAGCGUGGAUGGUAUAAACGACAGUAAUUUGUCGUGUGGAAAUAUGCUUGGUAAUUUGUACAUUGAGACGGAAUGGACUUUUUCCUUGAUAGUUCCACUUUAACUUAGGUGUGGAGAAUCGAAUUUAAUUUUAGAAUGUCGCUGUUGUUAUCGGCGAUAGUUAUAUCAACUCGAAAUAGUGGCAACUUCACCUUGGUGAAACGAUUAAUGAUAUUAGUGACUCGAAUUACAUCGUGACCUUCGUUUAUCAAACUGGUUUGUAUGUCUUGUGUACUGGUGGAGGGGUGAAGGUAUCUAAUAUGUACACGGUUGAUUUAAAACAAAUGCAUGAUGGUUGUAUGAGUUCUAAUAAAUCGUUUGUGAGCAUAGAAUAACGUAACCACUACUUUCGUAAAAGGGCAGUGAGAAAAUGUGUGUUUUGUCUGGAAUUCGUGAUUGACUGGAAGUCGAUGAGUUUGAGAGUUCGUCCCGAUUAAUAGAAUGAGGUGGAAGAGAUACAAACUCGUCUGUAUCUUGGGACAGAAUAACAAACUUGUCCGGUGAAACAAAUUGCUUGGUUUUCUUCCCCUCUAUUUGGGGAGACAGAUUUGAACUUGAAUGAUGCCGUUUGGAAGAAGUCUUCGACGGUGAAGAGCCAGAUUACAUAUUUUACGAGAGUAAAACUACAGAGAGUGGUUAGAGAAACACGUGACGUCGUGACCAAGGUGGAUAUAUAGAGGUGUAAACACUCUGAUUAUAAAUUGAUUGAAAAAUGUACACCAUUUGUGAUUGCCACCGGGAGCGCUGACUACCCGAUGAAGGCUCAUAAUGUUCGUACUUCUAUGCGAAAAUACGAUUUACAAUGCUGAAUGCUUGCAAGUUGUAAUGCCAUAAAAAAUAAAAAUAUAAGAUAUCAAUUUAAUUUAAAUAAUGAAUAACUUAGAUGGAAUUUUAUUAAAUAAUUUUGAAACAUAAAUCUAUCUUCAAUUAUACAAUUAUUGAUAAUUAUCCACAUUUUUUUUGGGAAUAUUGAUUUGUGGAGUAGUUGUAGACAUGUUGCCUACCUAUUUGUGUUAUAAUUAAAAAUUUAAAUUUUUGAAUUUAUUGUAAUGAUUGUCAUAUUGAAAUAUAUUGAUUAAAGUACCUACCUAAUUGUAAAUUUGUUAUUUCCUUAAUUUGGUACCACUACUUGUCAUAAUAUUUUUAUUUUUGUAAAAACAUAUUGUAGUUAUUCUAAUAAUGGAAUUAUUGAAAAUACCAUCUCACUACUCAAUGUCUCUAUGGAAAUUAUUUAUGUGUAUAAUAAUAGUACCUAUUUACAUCAUAUUAUUAUCCUACUUUUUUUGUACAAAAGGUGGUAUGAAACUUAUUUUUGUAACUUAUCGAGUAUUGUAGUAUGCCUCUUAAGUGUUUUGUACCUGGGUGUAACUCUGGGUUACCCAAACAAAAUAAAAUAUACAAACAGCAGGGAGUAAAACUGCCUUCAGUAUUCCAUCCUCCUGAGAACAUGAUUGAUAUAUGGAAUUUAAAAAUUCCACGAGCAGAUAGAUUAUUAACCAAAAAAGAUGGAGUAUGUGAACUCCAUUUUGCUCCUGAAGAUAUUAUUUCAUAUAGGAUAUUUGAGGAUGCAGCAGGAAAUGAAAUAAAACAUCAGCUCAAGAGAGUUAGUUUAAAUGCUAACGCUAUACCAUGUAUUUUCCUUAAUUUACCAUCUUAUUUCAAUAAAAAUAUUAAAAAACGAAAACCUCCAAUGGAAAGGUCAAUAGUACCAAACAAUCGCAAAAAGAAUAAACCCAGUGAUUUAAAUGUAAGGUAUAAUAAUAUUAUGAAACAAUCUGUCUGGAACAUCAGAAUGAAUUAACCAAAUAUAUUAUUAAUUUCUAUUUGAACACCAGAAUGAUAUUUGCAUGUAAAAGGCAUAAUGAUCAAAUAUCAUAUAAGAAAAAUACGAUAAAAAGAUUAAAAAAAAUAUCAAAAUUAAUAUAAAUAUAAAAUAGUAAAAUACUACUUAACUACUGGUACAUGUUUUCCAAUCUGGAUAUUAAAAUAUAUGAAUUAAAAGUACCAUAUACACACAUUGUACAUAUUAAAUUAAGUUACACUAUUUAAAAUUUAAAAUAUUAAUUAUUAGAUCAUGAAGUCCACAGUCCUCGUAAUUACUAAAUAUACUAAUUAGUAAUUAGAUUAAUUAGAAUGAAAUGCUAAAUUGCAUAAUGUGCCAUACAAAAUUGAAUGUGUUUGAGCCUUCAUCGGGUAGUCAGCGCUCCUGGUGGCAGUUACAAGUGGUGUACUUUUUUCGGCCCACUAUCAUAAUGUAAAAGAUGGGAAGUGUUUACACCUCUAUAUAUCCACCUUGGUCGUGACCGAAGUCGCGCGAUAAGCGAGUGGAACGGAAUCACGUGUGAUAGUCAUACGUGCUACCGUCGUAACGGUUGGUGACGAACUGAUUAAUAUUGUUAUUAAUGUGUUUGAUAGCCGAUAGGUUUACACUUUGAACACGUAUUAUAAUAAUAAUUCUUUUAUCCAAAGCUAGAAAUAUUUAUAUAGUUGGUCCGUUGUA